GUGCGUCACUGUCUGGUUUUCUGUGGGCAGAACGAAGCCAGGUGACUGGGUGCAUACUUUAAAGUUUAAAAAAUAGAAAUGGCCCAGCUGAGUUGUUUUGUUGGCGAGCAGCUGCAAGGGCGAAUCCAUGAAUUUUUGCAGGAGGGGGUUUGCCAGGUUCCUGUUAAGCAAAUUCGACAGUUGACAAUGCAUGAUACCAUCAUCGUCUCCAAAUUAGCUUCCUAUUAGUAUCAGUAGGGAUAUAAAAAAACAACUAACGAUGUUGAGCCAAAGAAUUAUCUGUGUCAGGUCAAGAGAUCUUAGAUCUCCGUUUCUGUCACUGGCAAGAAAAAGAACAACUGCUACUGCUGCUUCUAAGGAAAUAGACACAAAUGAAAACAUUAAUGUUUCUGGGAAACCAUUUGAAGACGUUCCUGGUCCAAAAGGCAUUCAGUCAUGGAGUAAAAUUGGAAGUCGUUUUAUGUUUUAUCCUUUUACCAAGUAUAGAAUUGAAACUUUACACAAGCUAUUUGACUCGUUUCAUGACAAAUAUGGAAAGAUUGUCAGGCUUCAGCUUGGGUCCUGGGCAGUGUUGGUGUCAGAUGUUGACGAUAUGACAACUGUUUUUAAGAAUGAUUCCAAAUAUCCAGUAAGGCGAACAUUUCCACUGUUAGCUAAGUACUUUGAGAGGAAUCAAUCAAAAGUGUCACCAACAUUGGCUAUUUUAAAUGGACAAGAAUGGUUUAAGGUACGAAGUGCUAUCCAGACCAAAAUGUCUAAGCCCACUUCUGCUACAUAUUAUCUACCUGUUCAAAAUACUGUGGCAGAUCAAUUUGUACAGAUUUUAAGAAGUAAUGAUUUUUCAGCUUUGGAAUUAAGGACACAUUUUUUUAAAUAUGCAUGUGAAUCUAUUGGUGUUGUGUGUUUUAAUAACAGACUGGGAUGUUUUGAAGAUCCAUCAACAGAAAGAGGAGCAGCUACAGCCAAAAUUAUCCAAAAUGUCAUUGAUGUUUUCUAUCUUACUCAUAGAUCGACAGGAAAAUUACCUCUUUAUAACUUCUAUCCUACAAAAAUGUAUCGGAUGUACGAGGCUGCAAUUAAUGGAAUGUAUCAUGAAGGAUUGAUUUAUGUUAAAAAUGCUUUAGCUGAACUUGAAAAAAAGAAAAAAGACGGAACAUUAGAUCCAAAUGAACCAAAUUUCUUGCUAUCGUUGAUAAAAGAAAAGCGACUAACUAUACCACAGAUAGUCGCAAUAACGUUAGAUCUAUUCAAUGGAGGAACAGACUCGACAGCUAAAAAUCUGGGAUGGAAUUUGUAUCAUUUAGCUAAUAAUAAAGAUAAACAGGAUAGAUUAUAUGAAGAAAUUAAAAAUAUUCUGGGUACAGAGAGAGAAAUUAAAGCUGAACACAUUAAUAAGAUGUCUUAUUUACAAUCUUGCCUUAAGGAAACAUUCAGGUUAACUUUUCCAACAGUCUGUGGCACAUCAAGGGUUUUAGACCAUGACAUCAUUCUCAGUGGUUACAAUAUUCCAAAAGGGACUGUUAUCUUAACCAAUAACCGACGUGCCGUGUUAGAUGAAGAUGUUAUUAACCAGCCUUUUAAAUACAUGCCAGAAAGAUGGCUGAGAGAUAAAUCAGGAAAACGUGUGAAUGACAUACCAACAAUGGCUAUGCUACCGUUUGGUUUUGGUGUGAGAAAUUGUCCAGGUAGGAGAUUUGCAGAGAUGGAGAUUUACUUAGCUGUUACUAAGAUUGUUCAGAAUCUUGAAGUGACCUUAGCACCAGGAAUUAAACAUCCGGAUGUAGAAUAUCAUACCUUCGCUACACCAUCACAUCCUAUAGACUUAAAGUUCAAACCUAGACACUAACAUCUUUUGUAUGAAUUUAUAUCUUAGAGAAGAUUGUUGAGUGUGAAAAUGAUAGACAGUUGUGUCAGUUACUGUUAUUGACUGUGGAUUCAAUAUUCUUGCAAAGUGCCAUAUUCCUGAAGUGUUCUUUUUUUCUUCAGAAACAAACUCUCUAUAGACCUCAGUAAAAUUCAGCAAUGUGGGGAGAUGGUAAUUUUACUGUACAGCAGUAUGUUUGAUGAAAUAUAGGUUGCAGGUCAACCCAUAAAAGUAGUUUCUAUUUCCCAGCAAUACUAUAAAAUCUUUCUAUGUGGAAACGAAUUGUGGCACUUCGCAGGUGCAUUUUUUUAGCUAUUAACUUUUUGGCAAAGAAAAAAAAAUUAUUUACACUGGUUACCUGUUAAAUAUCGAAUUGAUUUUAAGAUUUUAUUACUUACUUUUAAAUGUUUAAAUAAUUUAGCUCCUGUUUACCUCUCAGAUCUUUUAGAACUUUAUACACCUGGCCGAACAUUACGUACAUCAGAUAAACUACUUUUAAAGCCCAAAACUGUUCAACUAGUCUCUUAUGGUCAGCGCUCUUUUAGUUAUCAAGCACCUGUUUUAUGGAAUAAUCUACCAUUUAGUUUAAGAUGUUGUACAUCUCUAUAUUCUUUUAAAAAACAACUUAAAACACAUUUAUUUAAUCAGGCUUUUAACUGACUCUGUAUACAAUCGUUAACAUGCCCAUAAUCUUGUUGUUUAUGUGUGAUUUACAUUGUCACUUUGUAAAGUGCCCCUGAACAUGUUAUAUGAAAGGGUGCACUAUAAAUAUGCUGUAAUAAUAAUAAUAAUAAUCUGGCCAUCAGAAUGGGACGAAAACCAAAGUGCUGUGUACAGAUCGGCGUGUACAUAAAAUGAACAGUUGGAAUGCAUUGAAGGGUAGACCACAACGCCACUUUCUAGGCCAAAUUUCCCUUUUAGCACUCUAAAUAAUGUGGGUAAGUCUUCUAGAAAAGAAAGACUUUAAAACUAAUUUCAUUUCUUUAGUAAUUAACCUUAAUCCCUAAAUUUUUGAUUUGAUCAUCAAUGGACCAAUAAAUACAUGAUUUCCAUUAUACAAUUGAUUGAUUUGCAAAGAUUUUGGAUAUAUAUAUAUAUAUAUAUUUUUUAAUUGAUAUACUUUUGUUUGUAUUAUCUUAAAACUCUAUAAUGUAGUGUGAACCGAGAAUUUAGGGAUUGAAUUUGAGGCCUAGCCUCGAUCAUCAUUACUUAAGUCGGUACGAUAAAAAAACAUAGUCUCGAUUAUCAUUUUUUGAUUUAAUCAUCAAUGAGCGUUGAGCAGCAGAUCUGAUUCAAAUCCAGUAAAUAUUGCAGGCUACCAAUGACAUCGAGAGUUGAUUAUGGUCUAGAUAAGUUAAUUAAUGUCUAAUUGUAUGUUUAACCUUUAUUUGGGCUUGUACAUGUACUUAUUACAUAACAAUAUUUUAUCUAAUUAAAGUUCCUAAUUAUAUAAAUGAUUUAUUUCAAAAACUUUCAAUAUUAAAUAUCAUUUGUCAAUCAACAGGUUUUUUUUAUACCACAUCAAUUAACUACACAUUAAAGAGACAUUAGAAGUUUUGAGAUCUGAAUAUCUAGUUAUGUCUGGUGUGCUCAAAAUAGUCUAUAUCCCUAAGAUAUAACCGUUUCAAGAUGUACAAAUCAUACUCAUUACCGCCUUGAAUUUCAGUAAUUAGAUGAGUAUAGGGUUAUUUUUAAUAUGUGAAAUUAAUGACAUUUAUUUUCUUGUUGAAAUUUCAAAUGUCUCUUUAAAGUUUGUGUAACACUAGGGAAGCAAUCAAUAUAUAUGUGUAAUCAUUUUAUUUUUAGUGUUGUCCUUUAACUUGAAAGAUUUGUAUAUACUAACCCUCAUAAAAUAUCAUAUAUAUUUGAGUAUCAUUAUUGAUAAAAAGCACAAUUUAAACAUUGUCCUAGGCUACAUAUACAGAGGGGGGUUGGAUGGCCGAAUGGUUAGCACGUACAUGCUGUAUCAUAAAGCCUGUCAUUGAGUCAACUGGUGGCGUGGUUUCGAAUCCUGGGUUGUACGUGACAAGGAGUAGGGUUGCCUGUCCAACCUCAUGGGUUUUCUCCGGGUCCUCUGGUUUCCUCCCACUGCUAAAGACCCCUACGCGCAAGCGAAUUAUUGAAAUAAAAUUAAAAAACAAUAUGUUAGUCCCGAAAUGACCUAGUUUGUGUCGAGUGGACAUUAAACACCAUUUCUCUCUCUCUCACAUAUACAGUAUAUCAAAAUGAUUGUGAACUAUAUAAUUUGUGUCAUUAAGAACCAUGGAAAUAUAUAAUUAUGUGUAUUGUGUUUCAAGUAAAAUAAAAUAUGUAUCAAAUAAAACUUGUGAAAAUUC